CCCACACGAACGCAGUCCGGGCACGAUGGCGUUGUCGAGAAUCUUUUCUUCACAACUUUCUUUGGUCUCCAAGGGCUUAUUUUGGAAAUGUAUCGACCAUCCCUGUGUUUUGGCAGUAGCGCAGAAACAAACUGUAGCCCAGGAGCUUGGUCUGCCAGAGCCCCCAAAACGACCCAUGACUCCGUACAUACGAUUUGUGAAUGCACAUCGCCAGGAUGUCAAGAGAAAAUUUCCUGAACUCACUGCACCUCAGUUGACGGCAAAAUUGGCAUCUCUGUGGAAUGAACUUGGUUUGCCAGAGAAGAGCAAGUGGUCUUUACUUUACACUAAAGACAAAGAAACUUAUGACGUAGAAUAUAAAGAUUACAUGAAAAAGCUCACACCACAACAGAUUGAGAGCAUGAAAGACCUGAAGCGAAAAAGAUCUCAGGACAAGUUGAAACGCCAGAUCAGGAGGGACAAAAAGAAGGAAACAGAAGAACUGGGAAAACCAAAACACCCUGGUAAUGCCUUCACCUUGUACCUCCUCUCCUUAGACAGAGGGGAUGCUCCUCUCAAGGAAUUCCUUACUGGUGCUGCAAGCAGGUGGCGUCGUUUGCCAGAAGAGGAACAGGAGAUAUUCCGUGAGAGAGCGAAAAAACAGAGGGAACAAUAUGAACAAGAGCUCAGACAUUGGGAGGCCAAAAUGAUCAAAAGUGGAAGGGCAGAUUUAGUGCGUCGACACCAGCAGCUGGAAGAACUGAAGCACACUGCCACUCACCGCCGGCACACUCAAGAAUAGGGAUUCGCAUCAGGUGAUGCUAAGGGAGAGUCAGGGGUUCUGG